UGUAGGUCUUCCCCGUGGCUCUCCCGUCCAGGCUAAGUCACUCGUGUUCGAUACGGUGUCGAGUUACCUCGGUGCUGCGGUACGGUGCGUAAAAACCGGUCCAGAUUCUUAUAACGAUGAACGUCGUAUGUCUCAGUACCGCGAUAUCACAGCGAACAACAUGAAUCCCGAAAGUGCAACGUUGUUGAAGGAUAAGAAUUCAGGAUUGUCGCUGCUCUUCGCCACUCUAUGCAUUAUUGAUAUUUUCGGCGUAUUCCCGAUAAUCGCGCUACCACGGUCGACUAUCCAGUGUGGACUGUACGGAAUCCCUUUGGUGCUUGUUGUCCUUGGUUUGCAAAUUUAUACGGCCAUUCUGCUGGGAAAAUCAUGGAUUAUCGCGACUGCUCUGGAUCCACAAAUUUCACAAAAAAAUCGCUAUCCUCUCGCCGCUGUAACGGAAUUAACAAUGGGACAGCGUGCACGAUCCAUCGUCACUCUGCUUUUAGAUCUGACAGUGUUUGGUUGCGGUAUCCCGAAUUUAUUAGUCGCUUCGCAGAACUUACAUCUGUUUGGGCUCAAGAUAUCGGGACAGCGUUUUGAUCUCUCCUUCUGUUAUUGGCUGCUAAUAGUCGGCCUUUUACUUUGUCCAUUGAUGUGGCUGGGCAGUCCACGAGAUAUGAAAUGGGUUGCAACAUGCUCUGGUAUAACGGUCACCUUAACAGCAAUAUUAACGUGGUGGAGCAUUGUGUCUGAUGACCGAACAUCUGACGCACCAAUUGCUACCUCUCCAACGUGGGAUAAAUUUAUUUCCGGAUAUGGUAUGCUAGCUUUUCAGUUCGAUGUGCAUCCUACUUUAAUGACGAUACAAGUUGAUAUGCGUCGUCCACGAGACAUCAAUAAAGCCAUUUUCUUUUCUUUUAUGGCAAGUGGAUCGUUGUUCACCAUUACCGCUUGCCUAGCUGUGUGGAAGUACGGCGGCAAUACAACAGCCAAUAUCCUUGAAGCUGUGCCAUCCGGAUCGGUUGCGAAUAUCGCUAUUCUACUAGCCGCUCUUCAACUAUGUUUCUCCAGCGUGAUCGGCUACUCGGCGCUCUUUCAACAUCUGGAGGACCAGUGGAACGUGCAAAGAACUUUCGGAUGGAAACGAUGCGCCAUGAGAUCGGCGGUGGUUUUUCUCAGUGUGGUUGUAGGCGAAUCAGUAUCACGAUUCGACAUCGUCAUGGCCCUAAUUGGUGGUUCAUUAACCGGAUCAUUGGUUUUUGUUUUACCACCUCUAAUAUAUAUUCGUGCGUUAGCUUUGAAGAAAGAAUCGGGUCAUGUAGCAACCACUGAGGAACAGAUGUAUUCAGGUUCUCGCAAAAGAUUUAACGGCGAAGGGCGGCGCUUGAUGGCACCUGGAGCUCAUUCCUGCUCAACUUACUACGGUUUUCUGAGCGCCACGAAUAAUCCUCGCAGCUACACGUAUCUCUACUUCGACGACUUGGAUGACGAGAUAGAUUCGGAUUCAGACGAGCUCGUCGAUUAUGGGGGCGAACGUAGGAACAAAACUACACAAAUUCCACUGACUAGAUCUCGUCAGGAGGAGCAGCCGCUUCUCAUCGAUGCUGUAGAGCCAGCCAGAAAUCAAAUCGAGUCUACGAGUAAUGUACAAGAGGAGACUACAGGAACGCUUGCGAAGACGAAAAAAUUAUGGAAUCUGGAAAGGGCGAUUAAUUACUUUGGUCUUUUCAUAGUAAUAAUUGGUAUAGCGAUCACAUUGUCUUCAACAUAUGUCAACAUUAGGAAUACCAUACGCUACGUGCGUUUUACGCCGCCAUGCAUCAUUAAUGCUACCGCGGGCUAAAUCUUCGCAUAGUUUCAAUCUCCGUUUAGUUUGUGUAAUCUGUCAAACAUGAAGACCGCGAUAAUGUCAAACGUUAGGACUGGAUAUUUUGUGAAUGUAAAAAUGGCUGCGCUUAGCAGAAAACGUUGCUCUGCAACUGUUGUAAAAAUCUUCAAUCUAAUUGGCGUAUGCUUUUAAUUUUAAUUGAAUCUAAGAGCAUACUUCAAUCAAACUCACGAAUUUUACAAUAGUUGCCAAGCAGCUUCUUCUGCCAAACGCAGCUAAUGUAAAGCGAUAUCAUGCAACGUAUUCUCAUAUGUUUUAUUUCGAUUUAGAAAUUGUAAUUCUUUUUUUUUUAAUAUCUAUCCGCAAAUUAAUACAAUUAAUACUCAUUUCCCUUUGAUACACUAUACAUAUUUUAGUCCCAUUUUUAUUUAUCUCUGUUUGAAACUGACUUAUAAUGAGUCCCUCUGCUUGAGCAAUAAUACAUAUGAAGCAAAAAAUGUUAGUCUCAUUUGGUUUAACCGCUAGAAUUUUUUCUUAAAAUUCACCCUGAAAAUAUGACAUUUUGAAGAAUUUUAUGAGUUUUCUGAAAUUA